UUGUGGAGGAUUGAGCAAGAAGUGAAAACAUACAGUAGCCCUGCACAUGCAGACACAGAAAUAACAUGACACAGAUAUCUGAUCUCAGCUCUGUCUGGACACAACUUUGUGUCAGUGCAUCAAGAUCAGGGUUCAAAUACCUUGCAUACAAUAAAAGCAGCUCGGAGUAGGACUGUAGGAGUAUGACGUAGUUCUACUUCAGAGCAGUAGCUCGAGUCACACACAGUUUAGACACCAGAGCAGUACAUAUUCUGAGGUAGGAAAGGCUUGCCUGCACAGCCUGCACCAACGCAGUAGUUAAAGCCACACAACUGUGCAUGCAUGGACAUGUAACUCAAGACAGAGAGGAACACAAUUCCGAUCACAUACACAAUGAACUUUCUUGACACUCCCUAUGUCAGGUGAUAGUUUGAAGGCGUGGUAAGGACAACGCUUUCUCCGUUCACCACCAUUUUCAACUGACACCAUUAAGCUUCACUUCCUGUCUUGGACUAAGUUAGUUAUUUCCUACUCAUAGUGGGGCAUUGUGUAGACGGAAUCAGCAUGACUGUCGCUGGGGGAAUAAAAUGUGUGAAAUAUGUCAUGUUUGUCUUCAACUUUUUCUUCUGGCUUGCAGGCACAGCUGUCUUUGCGAUAGGCCUGUGGCUAAGAUUCGACCCAAAGACCAAAGGCCUGUUUGAAGGAGCAGAGUCUCCAUAUGUGUUUUACACAGGUGUAUACAUCCUGAUUGGAGCUGGAGCACUGAUGAUGGUGGUGGGCUUUCUGGGAUGUUGUGGGGCCAUCCAGGAGUCCCCCUGUAUGCUGGGACUGUUCUUCUUCUUCCUGCUUAUCAUAUUUGCCAUUGGGGUUGCGGCUGGAAUCUGGGUAUUUUCCAACCAAAGCAAGGUGGUGAACGAUAUCACAACGUUCUACAUGCAGACCUACAAUAACUUCAAGGUGACAGGAGAUGAGCGAUUGAAAGAGACUCUGCGGAUGAUUCAAACCGGGCUGAACUGUUGUGGCCCAACUGGUUCUGUCGUAGAAACUGCCAAAGACACCUGUCCCCAGGGAGAGCCACUUGAGCUGCUCAUUACAAAGAGCUGCCCUGACGCCAUUGAUGAGGUGUUUGACUCCAAACUACACGUCAUUGGAGGAGUGGGCAUCACCAUCGGUGUUGUUAUGGUGUUUGGGAUGAUCUUUAGCAUGCUCCUGUGCUGCGCCAUCAGGAAGUCCCGGGAGGUGGUGUGAUACCCACCAUCACGUCCCAGAGUCUUUGUUAUUGUUGCAUGAUGUCAUUCGAGUCACAUGACUCCCCACUGCCAAUAGUAACACGACUUGUUCAAGGAAACUAGGCUGGGUGCAGAUAUUCCAGAUUAUUACAUAAUCUAUUAGAUAUGUGCUGCUGACACUUAAACCCAGCUUGUGAUGUGGUGAUUAGGCCCAGCUAUAGAAUGGGUGUCAUCUGUUCUUCAUUGACAAUAUAUUGCAGAAAUGUGAAAUUAUGUGGUCAUUUGAUUGAAAUUAGUGUUUGUGAACUGCUAAUUAUCUAAACAAAAGAUCAUAUUAUUGUAUACUGAUCACACUUCUAUUGAUGUCACUUGGGCUCACCUUCAGACAGAAGACUCAUGAAUCAGGGCCAUAAAAAGGAAACCACUCCCACUUCAGCAGAGUACAGCAGGAGCGAAUGAAAUUAUGUUUCUGACAACAUCAAAUUCAAACCAUGGUGACUCGUAGCCAACUCAAUGCCUAACUGAACUGCGGUGACAGAGUAGUAUCUUGGUUCCUUCAUUGUGACAUUUCAUUUGUUCCCUUUUGUACUCCCCCUUUGCUAAAGUCGCCUUGGAUUUGUCACAUUUUGUAAACGUCUUCUUUUUUUUAUUUGUAAAAUAUUCAUGCACUUAGGUGGUAAUAUAGUACAUGUGGUUUGUAUUUUAUAAUGUUCUUUUUAUUUUACAGAGAUUGGAUUGAUUUAUACCAUAUGCACUAUGUUUCACAGAGGCAAAUAUUAAUGAGAACCAAAUAAACCAAAAUGUACUGAC